GCCGCUAGCAAACUACUAGAGUAUUCGAUCGCCUCUAUACAUAGCACACAGCAACUUGACACUAAUUCCCAGAUCAGGAGGGAACCAUGGCCGAACCUACAGAGAACAAGCGCCGCAUAAUUCUGGUCCAUGGAGCUUCCCAUGGAGCGUGGUCCUGGUACAAACUAGCGACACUUCUCAAAUCCGCAGGACACCAAGUGACAAUCCCUGACCUCAAAUCCGCAGGACACUUCUCAAAUCCGCAGGACACCUCAGGGAUCGACGCAACGAGGCUCGAGGAGGUUGCUUCUUUCGCUGAUUAUUCGCAGCCGCUGAUGGAUGUCGUGGCUUCGCUACCGUCGACGGAGAAGGUGAUCUUGGUGGGUCACAGCCUCGGCGGGCUCAGCGUGGCGCUGGCGGCGGAGAAGUUCCCGGAGAAAGUUGCGGGUUUGGUUUUUGUUACGGCGCUUAUGCCCGACUGUGAAUCUAGCCCCGGCCGUCUUCUUAAGGAUCUCCUGUUCAGUCCACUGUUUAUGUCGCUCGAUACACAGCUCACCCCUAUUGAAGCCCCAACAGAAAGUAAAAUUCCUCCCCCUUCCAGGAUGAUAUUCGGUCCUCAGACCAUCGCUUACAACCUCUAUCAACUCUGCUCACAGGAGGAUCUCAUGUUAGCGAGCACGCUCCUGAGGCCUUGCCCGAUGUUUUUAGAAGAUCUUGAGAGCACGUCGGCAUUGUCUAAGGACAGGUAUGGCUCGGUGCCUAGUUUCUACGUGGUGUGUUGCGACGACGCAAUAAUCGUGAAAGAGUAUCAACAGCAGAUGAUUCGGAGUAAUUGUGUGAAGAAAGUGUUCGAGAUUGAAGGAUCGGAUCAUAUGCCCAUGUUUUCAAGGCCACAGGAGUUGUGUCAAUCUCUACUUGAAAUUGUUGAGCAUGUUGAUGAGUAAUGAAAUCUAUUUCAUAUGUUGUUAUCUUUCAAAUGAAUAAAAAUUAUAGCUUUGUUUCUUGCACAUCAUUCUCA